AUGGUUGCCAUGUCUCAAAAAGAAGGCAUCGCCAUGAGGAGGAAUUCGCCGCCGCCGACCCUUGAAAGGGUCCCUUCUGAAGACCCUGUUUAUGGUGAUGAUGACCAGGAUGACGCCCAAACCGUCAUGCAGCCCGCGUUGAGCGUUGCUGCGACCCGUCUCACUCUCCCACAAACAUCAGCUGCUGAGAAAGCUGCUGCUUUGGAAAGAAAAAGAUCUGCCGGUAACAUUUUCGAAUCGGGUCUUUUGAGCAGUGAUGAUUCCGCUAGCUCGCCGGAAUUGACACCCUUCCCUGACGAGAUCCCUACCAACUUUGAGACGGAGCCAGAACUGCGGAUUUCCCCAGCGCCACCUCGCAGACGGCAGUCGCAAAAGCUUCAAAAGGCAAGGCCAGUCCCGAAAGACUUGCCCUCACCCUGGCAAUCGAGUCCAAAAAACCCCUUCUUCGGCGGCGGAGAUGGCGAGGCGCCCAAGAACGCUCUUGAGUCCGUAUCGUUCGGUCAAACGAGGCACAAGCGCUCUUCUUCCACGGGGGCCGACGCCCUCAAAAAGUUCUCAAAUGCAUUUUCCUCAUUUCCAGCACCUUCUGCAAUCUUCAAUUCAUUUUCAUUCUUCACCGCAGCCGCAGAGAGAGCCGAGCCAAAGUCCCCAAUGGACCAACGGAGGUCAGCCCUGUCCCAGGGCGGAAGGUCGUACAGCAAUGCGGCUCCCAUGUCCAGCGGUGCCAACGGGCUACCUCGAGCGCAAACCAUGUCCAAAGAUGCGCCUGCGAACCGCCCCUCCGUGUCUUCAGGAAGGCCUUCCACCACCAGACCUCGCGUGCUAAGGAGGGUCACUUCGGAUGACUCGCUCCUGUAUCACUCUCUGUCCCGCACAUCUUCGAUUGGGGAUGACGAUGGCAGGUUUGACCAUGUCAGGGAAAUGGCGAACGUGAGAAUGAAGGCGAUCAAGGACAGUCUGCCUGAGAGACCCACGUUCAAAAUGCCCAGUCUACAGAGGCUCGGGUCGUCACUGAAACUGAACGAGGACGGGAUGGGCAAAACCGUGCCUGAGGCUCCCGCGCCAAAGGUUGACAACGAUGGAUCCUCGACCCUGGACAGAGUUCUGGAGACUUUGACUGGGGAUAUAGUCAUUCUCGGCGGAUAUCGAGGCUCAAUUCUGCGAUCGGCGGAGCCUCCACACCAUCAGCUAUGGGCUCCUGUCAAGAUUGGGUUGAACAUGAGGAAAGUCGAUCUGGAGGUGGGCCUGGAUCCGGAAGACGAAGAAACGAUGGAGAAGCGCAUCAUCCCGUCAGGCAUGCUGCAAAACAUCGGCCCCAUUGAUAUCUCGAAGAAGUUGUUCAAGAAGAUUGCCGCCUGCGAAAACGUUCGAAAAGGAAAGCUACGUUUGUGGGAUUAUGGCUAUGACUGGAGACUAAGCCCUCACCUGCUGUCCCGAAAGAUGAUAGAGUUCUUGGAAAAGCUCCCGUCAAACCAACCGGACUCCAAGGAACCCAGAGGCGCGCUAGUCCUGGCACACAGUCUCGGAGGUCUCAUCACCCGCCACGUGGUCAACCAGCGGCCAGAUCUUUUCUCCGGUGUGGUAUAUGUUGGCACUCCUCAAAGGUGCAUCAACGUCCUAGGGCCCCUGAGGGACGGCGAUGCGGUACUCUUGAACGAGAAGAUCCUGACUGCUCAGGUCAACUUCUCACUCAGGACGACGUUCGUCUUUCUGCCCGAUGACGGUUUCUGCUUCGUCAACAAAGACACGAAGGAAGAGUACAAGAUCAAUUUUCACGAUGUCAACGACUGGAUCAAAUACUGCCUCUCGCCCUGCAUCGAGCCCCCUUUACCGCCGCUGGUUCCCAAGGAAAAGUCAACAACGUUUGGGUCUCUUCUAUCGGUCCGCAGUCGUAGCUCAAGCGAGAAGAAACAGAACCACAUACUCUCACCAUCACUCGCCGACGCGGCCCGCAAAGCAGAGCUGGCCCGUGAAGGAAACAUGAACCCGCAGAUCGAUGGCAACACUCGUAGCCAGGCAUCCAGCAAUAAGCCGUCACCGUUCACCAAAGGGUCAUCGGGGACGCCCACGCCUCCCAACCGCGCCAGGAACCUCGCCUACCUCGAGCGUGUCCUGGCUGAAGUCAAGCAGUUCCGCGCCGAGACGCAGUUCAACCCGGCCCUCUCGGAAGCCAACGCCUACCCGCCUCUCGGCGUCAUCUACGGCAAGGAGAUCCCCACUGUUUACGCCGUCAAGGUUGCAAGCCGCGAGGCCAUCGCCCACCACGGCGCCUACGACGACCUCAUCUUCCGCGCUGGGGAUGGCGUGGUCCUCGCACGCGAGGCGCAGUUGCCCGAGGGGUAUGAGCUGGUGCGUGGCGGGCGGGUCAGCACCGAGCGCGGGCACUUGACCAUGCUCGGCGACAUGCCAGCCGUUGGCAAGGCGUUGGAAGCUGUUGUUCGGGGCCGACGGAAGGGUAUCGGUCUGGGAAGCGUGACGAAGGAAAAGGUGCAGAGGGGAGUGUCGUUAGAGCCUAGAAGGUUAUCAUCCGGCCGUUUAGGCUUUGCCCGGCCGUCUAGACAGAGCCAACGUAACUGGGAUUGGCGCAAGAUCAUGCCCAAGCGUUUAAGUCUAACACAACGUCGGUUGUACAAUAGAAUGUAG